ACUGCGGUCCCGGGAAGCGAUUGGCUGGGACUCCUCGUCGUCUGGGCUGAGCCCGGCUCCAAGGUUUCUCUCCUCCGCCUGCCUUACAAAGGCUGCCCCCCGACAAAGUUCGCUCCAAGUCUGCCGCUGGGCUCCCGAAGUGAGGCUCGGCUCCAUCCCCGCGCCUUUCAUCUCCUGCCUCCGACGCGGCUCUGGCGACAGCGGCAUCCCAAGGGCGGCGGGGAAGGCAAGGCAAACCCUCCGGAGAUGCCCUCUCCUUGGCUGCCUUGGAGGAGGCUCGCCUUGGCUCUGCUGCUCCUGGCCAGCCGAGGGGUGGCUCCAGCCAGGCAGGUACCUAAACACCAGCGUUUGGAUUAUUUUGUUGAAAAACUGGAUCAGAGUGGAAGUAAUGAUUCGGCUAUCAAUAAAGGAAUGGGACAGGAAGUGCCUGCUCCUCGGCUUGCACCUUCAUCUCAGAGACCACAGUUUUCAAUUCCAUCACUAAAACAAAACUGGGAAGAAUACCGGCUUCAGUGUUUUAAGUAUUUCCAUGAAACACCGCCUCUUGUGUCAGAGGGCAAAUUCUGCAACAGAACAUUUGAUGAUUAUGUAUGUUGGCCUGAUGGUCUGCCUGGCACCUAUGUGAAUAUGAGUUGCCCUUGGUAUCUCCCAACACCUAGCUCAGGGCAGGUUUACCGCUUCUGUACACUUGAGGGCACAUGGCUGCUAGAGGAGAAUUCAACAAAUCCCUGGCGAAACAUUUCUGCCUGUACACUUCCUGAUGAAGAUUCACCAGAAAGACAGAUGCUAUUCCUUUCGGUCAUCUACACAACUGGCUAUGCGCUUUCUUUUUCUGCCCUUGUCAUCGCAAGUGGCAUCCUCCUCGGAUUCAGGCAUCUGCAUUGCACCAGGAACUAUAUCCACUUGAACCUUUUUGCCUCCUUUAUCCUACGUGCCGCAUCCAUCUUCAUUAAAGACUCCAUGAUCACUUGGAUGUAUAAGACAGCGCCUCGUGAAGAACAGUGGGAAAAUUUAAUCUCUUAUCAGGAAUCACUCAGUUGCCGUUUGAUCAUUGUAAUGAUGCAGUAUUGUGUGACUGCAAACUACUACUGGCUGUUGGUGGAAGGGAUGUACCUGUACACAUUACUAGCUCUAUCAGUAUUUUCUGAGCAGAGAAUUUUUCGACUUUACCUUUGCAUUGGCUGGGGUGUGCCAAUGCUGUUUGUUAUCUUCUGGGGAAUUGUCAAGUACCUAUAUGAAGAUGAGGGUUGCUGGAAUAAGAACCUAAACAUGAACUACUGGCUGAUCAUCAGGUUGCCCAUUCUUGUUGCUAUUGGGGUUAAUUUUUUGAUCUUUAUUAGAGUUAUAUGCAUUAUAAUUUCGAAGCUGCAAGCCAACCUUCUGCGUAAAACUGACAUAAAAUGCAGAUUGGCCAAAUCUACCCUGACUCUGAUUCCACUGCUGGGGACACAUGAGAUUGUCUUUGCUUUUGUUACUGAUGAACAUGCCAAAGGGACACUGCGUUUUGUGAAACUCUUUUUUGAACUUUCCUUCUCUUCCUUCCAGGGUCUUCUGGUUGCCAUACUCUACUGUUUUAACAACAGUGAGGUUCGGACAGAAUUUCAGAAAAGCUGGGAGCGCUGGAGACUAGAACACUUUUAUGACCAAAGAGAUAGCAGUAUGAAGCCACUCAAGUAUCCAGCUAACAGCAUAAGCAGCGGAGGUACAGUUGGAAGCACGGUUUAUGCUGCCACUUGUCAGGCUACAUUCAGCUAAGGUUUUUUUUUUUUUUUUUGAGAGGCAAAUGCAAAAGAGCCAGGCCAUCUGACCUGAACUGUGGGAGGUAACAUUGAAUGCCCAGCCAGACUGAUUGGGAUUGGCUCUUGAAUACUUGAGCCACUAUUGUUCAUUGCAGCAGGCCGCUGGCUAAGAACUUUAAAUAACCCAGUCUGCUAAUAUAAUCAGUGCAUUUGAAAGAAGGAUAUUCCCUUCAAAGUAAGUUUAAAGAGGUCUUUCCCCCCAAUUAAUAUCAAAGGCCUCUAGGUAUCCUAAGCACUGCUGAUGCAGUCACAAAGCAUGAGGUUAAUACGGUAUCUUAUUACUGAUGAUUAAAUUUCAGAAAUAUCGCUAAUUAGCUGUGACAAAAAAUACUUCAACUGAGAAAGGCAAGGCUAAUCUCUCUCAUGAUAGUCAUCAUAAUCAGAAGCUAACUUUCAAGGCAAUUAUGUGUAUUCAUUUGAUUCUAUUAUUGCAGGAAUCAAGGAAGGCCCCCUCUUUCCCUGGGUCCUUCCUGUUACCAAAAAUAUUCAUUACCAUUCCAUUUGAACUGCAGUGCAUUAGAACUGGAAUAAGCAUAUUUCCCCCCAUUGUUUAAUUUUUGGAAGGUGUUUUCUGGUACACCACUGAGACGGGAGAACAUACAGCAUGUUUAGAAAAAAAAUAGGAAAAAGUCUACCCUGUAGCCAUUCUACAGCAUUACGCCCAUCUUUAAAUUGUGCAAUUUGUGCAAUUUUCUUUAGCAUUGGCACCCAUGCCUUCCAUAUCAAAAACACAACUGCAUACGCCUAGUGAAGGCACAAUUUAUCUGCAGCACCACAGUUGUUCCUGCUUGGACAUCUAUUGCGUGGGGACAAGAUAUUAUGUUUGGCAGCAUGCGAUCUCACAUUUAUUUAUUUAAUUAUUUUGCAUAUUUGUAUACCAUCCUUCUCACCCCUAAGGUGGG